AUGUCUUAUGUGGUUUAUGUGUUUUAUGCAUUUUCUGACAUGUCUGUUAAUGCUUCCAAAGACAGAACAGUGAAAGUAUGGGAUUGUGUUCAUGGGCAGCUCCUCUACUCCUUCAAUGGCCACGGGGCAUCUGUAGUUGAAUUAGAGUUCCACCCAGAUGGUGAGUAUUUGGCAAGUGCAUCAGAGGAUCAGCGUUUGCUCACAUGGAAUGUCAAUGAUGGGACAAUUGUGAAGUCCUAUAGCUCUUGUGACACUUCAAUCUAUAAUCUCUCUUGGCAUAAAGCAGGCAAGCUGAUAACAGCAGGUUCUGAUAAUGGUACUCUCUGCGUGGUUGAUGUAUCUUUUUGA